AUGGGUAAUUGCGCAGUCAAGAAAAAUGCUCCAAAAACCGUAUCUCCAAUCGUUCCCUUAAUUAAAAGCCAAACAAAUCCAUUUUUACGCAACAGAGCCGCUUCUCUUACUUCUCUAGGAGGGCUAUUUGAAGAAGAAAUGCAACUAAGCCCAGCAGCUCAACAAAAGGCGAGGAAGAAAAGAGGAUCCUACCAAAAAGGUAAUACUAUGGCCCCAACCGAAGCUUCUAACGCAAUCAUCAAAGAUGUCCCAAAAACAACCCAAGACAAAAAAGAAAUCAGGGCAGCCUUAGGCCGGCACUUUAUAUUUCAGAGUCUUUCAGAGGAUAAUAUUGAAGCUGUCAUUUCUCAUAUGAAGCUUUAUGUAUUAGAGCCUCAACAAGUCAUUUACUCAAGAGGAGGAGCUGCUACUCAUUUUUUCACUAUUUCCAAAGGAAGAUGUGAGGUAGUAGAAAAGGGAAUUCAAAAAGGGGUUUUAGGCAAAGGCAGCAGCUUUGGAGAGAUGGCCUUAAUGCAGGAAUGUGAAAGGACAAGCACUGUCAGGUCGAUUGAUAAGGUUAUGCUGUGGGGUAUAGAUCGCCAUAGUUUCCGCAAUGCUAUUGAAUCCAUAAAUGCCCAGAGAUAUAAUGAAAAUAAGCAGUUCAUUGAAAGUGUACCUUUGUUGCAAAAUUUAAAUAAAGGCCAGCAAGAGGCACUUUUAGCAGUUUUGACACAUCAGGAAUUUGAGCCUGGGAGAAGAGUGGUAACUGAAGGCGACCCUGGGAGUUUGUUUUAUAUAAUUAAAGACGGAUUAGUAAACUGCACGAUUAAAGGGAAACUGAUCCGCCAAAUGAGCAGAGGAGACUAUUUUGGGGAGCAAGCGUUACUUUAUAAUAGCUUGAGAACAGCCACCAUCACUGUAGUAACCAAAGCAACUUUACUGUCUUUAGGCAGAGAUGACCUUACUAGAGCACUUGGUAAUCAACUACAAAAAAUCAUAUAUAAAAACUCCCAAAGAAUUGCCUUAGAAGCCAGCCCAGUCCUGAAAAACUUAACUAAAGCCCAGGAAGAAGACAUUGUAAGCAAAAUGAAAUGCAAAUCAUUUGAAACAAAUGAUGUGGUCAUCCCUAGAGGCACUCCCAGGGGACAGAAAUUAUGAAUUGUGGUUAAAGGGAAUUUAAUAACUGAGCAGUCAAGAAAAAGGUUUAAUGCACUGAGCUGUAUAGGAGAUAUAGAGCUAGGAGCGCCUCCCGAAGGAGUUUAUGAAGAAAAUUUGAGGGCAGACGGAAAUGUGGACAUUGAAGAAAUGAGCAGGCAGGAAUUUGAGUCUUGCAUUGGAGGACAGCUAAGUAGAGUUAGCUCGAGAAAUGAAAUUUUGAGCAUUAUGAGAAAUGUUCAGCUGCUAAAAGCUUUGCCUUUUAAAAAGCUGGAGUCACUGGUGAAUAAGGUGUAUAUAAGAGAAUUUAGAAACCAAGAAGUGAUUUUUUAUGAAAAUGCCCCUGGGGAUGCAUUUUAUAUUGUGAAAGAAGGAAAAGUUGACAUUGUUAAAAAUAAUGCUGUGAUAAGGACAAUAGGGCAGCACGAUUAUUUUGGGGAAAGAUCUAUAAUAUUGAAGGAAAAAAGAACUGCAACUGUAAGAGCAAAUGGACCAGUUCAUGUUUGGGUUCUGAGCAAAGAAGAUUUUUUAAGUCUUGUUAAUGAAGGAAUUAGAAUAAUGCUACUAAAGCGUAUUGAGCUUCAAGACGACAAAAUUACUUUAAAAGAUUUACAUAUUGUAAAACUUUUAGGUAAAGGGAUGUUUGGGAACGUAUUUCUUGCCGUUCACAAAGUCACAAGACUUCCUUAUGCCAUAAAAACAAUCAGCCGCGAUAAAAUCCGAGCCUACGAUCUCUAUAGCAGCCUGCUUCUUGAAAGACACAUUUUAUUGCAAACUGACCAUCCUUUAAUCAUGAAAUUAGUGAAGACCUUCAAAGAUCAUGAAAGAAUUUAUUUUUUACAAGAAUACGUCCAAGGGAAAGAUUUAUUUGACGUUUUAAGGGAAAUUGGGAUAAUGAAUGACGCAAAUGCAAAGUUUUAUAUAUCAUGCAUUCUUACAAUUCUUGAACAUAUGCAUGAAAGAGACAUUAUCUAUAGAGAUUUGAAGCCAGAAAAUAUUGUCAUUGAUGAAGAAGGGUAUCCUAAACUCAUUGAUUUUGGGACUGCAAAGGUUGUUCAAGGGAGGACUUAUACAAUUGUGGGGACGCCUCAUUAUAUGGCACCUGAAGUCAUCACUGGGAAAGGAUAUGGGGUAUCAGCUGAUUAUUGGUGUCUAGGGGUCAUGGCUUAUGAAUUUAUAUGUGGAAUUGUGCCUUUCGGGGAUUCAGAUGAAGAACCUUAUAAAAUUUACGAAAAAAUACUUCAAAAUAGAUUGGCAUUUCCUCAGAAAAUCAACAAAUCGUUAAAAACUAUAAAGAUUAUUGAAGUUUUGCUUGAUAAAGAUCCUGCACCAAGAUCUAGUACAGAGAUCAUAAAAGGUCAUAACUAUUUUAAUAGUGUCAAUUGGGAUAGCAUUCUCAGUAAACAAAUAAAGGCUCCUUAUAUUCCAGGGAUUCCAAGCAUUGCUAAUGAAAUUUUUCAAGCGAUGAGGAAUAAGCAAACUUUGACCGCUUUUAUUUCUGUAAUUUUUAUUUACUUGUUUCCUAACAAAUUUAAAAAAAAUUCAUUUUAAUGAAAAUAGACGAACUUUAUAAAAUUAUUUUAUAUAAAGAGUUAGCAAGAAGAAGCAAGAGAUUCACUUGAGGUGCCAAAGAGAGGAAAGCCUCCUGAGCCUGGAUGGGAUGAUCCUUUCUAA